ACGGGUGGGCAGGCUGCUCACCGUAAACGAUGGUUGUCGGAUAGAGUCUUGGAAGACCUCAUGAAACUGACUGCUUGAAUUGUUUGCAGGCGAUUAUAGAGCUCAGGCGUGCUUUGCAUCUCGCGGAUCCUUGGAGGGGAGAAAAAGCUGCAGCGGAGGAAGAACAGUUUACAAAAAAAAGAGGAGGACUUUAAUAAUAUCUAGGUGCAUUUUUUCUCCACUGUUAAUCUCCCUUUUCACGUCAGCAGCAACACUUUCCCAGCGGACUGGACCGUUUCAUGCCCGGAAGAAGACCGACCUCCCGCUUGGACCCGACGCCGGCCUCCCUCACUCCUCUGACGGGCUCCGAAGCAGCACUUCCCGGCAUUUGCUGGGAUGUUUGAGUCGCGUUGUUUGGUGGGGUGAAGGGACCGAGAGAGUGGCCGGAGAGACCGAAAAGGGGGACGGAGGAGGCCGAGAGAGGAGCCGAGAGCAUGGCUCUGGUAGCGCUGUCUCUCUGGGUGCUAACGAGUCUCACCUGGGCGGACGUGGUCCCGGUGUCAGCCAACAGGCACUCCGUUUACUGGAACAGCUCCAACAUACAUCUGCGUAGGGAGGGCUACACAAUGCAGGUGAACGUCAACGACUACCUGGACAUCUACUGCCCUCAUUACAACGACAGCCAGCGUAUGGUGGGCACCGGAGAGCAGUACGUCCUCUACAUGGUCAGUUACCGCGGUUACAGGAACUGCGACCCCCAGCUGGGCUUCAAGAGGUGGGAGUGUAACCGGCCCCACGCCCCCCACGCGCCCAUCAAGUUCUCAGAGAAGUUCCAGCGCUACAGCGCCUUCUCGCUGGGCUACGAGUUCCACGUCGGACAGGAGUACUACUACAUCUCCACGCCCACCCAUCAUCACGGCCGCAGCUGCCUGAGACUACGAGUGUACGUCUGCUGCUCCACGGCCUCUGACGUGGAUGAUGAGCCAGAGCCUACAGAACCAGACUACACGCUUAGACCAGGCCUAAAACUUGACGAUAUUGAUGAAUUUAACCCCUUUGUUCCCAAGCUGGAGAAGAGCGUCAGCGGAAGCAGCCCAUCCAGGGAUCGCCUUCUUCUCACCGUGACGAUGCUCCUUCUGGCCGCUCUCUUCAUCUCCUAGCAACGGCCAUCCCAUCAGCGUCACCAUGCCAACUAGCCUUGGGAGGGUGUACAGUAUCAGCGGGUGGGAGAGUUGAGGAAAGGGGGAGUCAGGAGGAGAGGAGAGUUACAACACCACAAAUAGAGCAGAAGGCAAAGAGGAGUAAGAAAUGAGAGUUUUCAAGCAUCACAGUGUGUGUGUGUGUGUGUGUGUGUGUGUGUGUGUGUGUGUUUGUACAGCUGUCUGUCUGAGUGUGGUUUUAGUGGAGUUGAAAGACCUUCAGGCUCUCGGUGACACAGACUGAACCGUAUGUUCCAUUAAAGUCAGCCUGUGCAUACAGAUGCAGGUGUG